AUGUCCCACAAAAAGAACCCCCUCCCCUACAUCCGCCGCUACAUCACAACUCACAACGCCGAAGGUGAAGCGGUGUUUCUGUCCCACGCGCAAGUCCCUGACUACCUCCCCUCCACACCAGCCGGAGACGACGGCGAGAUAGCCCUCUUGUACGCUACAACCAGUGAUCCGGCCGCAACAGACGCCGAAGCGGAUGUCGCGAUGUACGAUGAGUUCUUGCACCAGCCACCGGGCAUAACGGUCGACCAAGGAACUAUCUUCCGGCUCAUUGAUCUUCGCCCAGGAAAGGCAAUGCCGAUGCAUCGCACUAUUAGUUUGGAUUAUGGGAUUAUCAUUGAGGGGGAUGUUGAUUUGGUUUUGGAUUCGGGUGAAUGUCGCCGGAUGCACCGCGGCGAUGUGACGGUGCAGCGAGGGACGGCGCAUUCCUUUCGCAAUCGCAGUCAUACAGAGUGGUGUCGAAUGCUGUUUGUAUUUCUGCCCAUGCAGAAACUGACAGUUGAAGGCAAGGAGCUGGAGGCAGAAGUGUACGAUGAAGGGUUUGAUGCGGAGAGUGAUAGCCAGGGUGAGAGUGCAGAUUCAUAG